AUGCGACUGAGAGCGUUGAAGCCGGAGGGCCAGAAGGUAUUGGGUAUUGUAGAGUGGAGAUGUUUAUCACGGCGCGAUGAGCGCACCGUUGAGAUGGGUUCUGACGGAGAUGAAAUUGUGAAGUGGGAAUAUUAUGUUGCUUUUUCCCCAAAUCCAAAAGAUGUUGCUCGUGGUCGUCGUGGUCGUGGCUAUGUCGUAGAUAGAUGUGGCGUAGACCUUGGCCGUUGUGUUCAAGACCAAGAUUCUGCUGGUGGUGGUGAUGCUGAAGGUGAUGAUGAUGUAGCUGCUGGUUCUGGCCGUAACCCUGACUCGGGCUCAGGCUCUGACUCGAAUUCCGGUUCGGGGGACUCGGGCUACGUUUUGGCCGAGACUUGA